CACAAUAGAUUCAUGAAAUUUGGCGUCUGUGAGAUUGUGAAGACUAAUUGUAAUAAUAGUUUGUUUUACAAAUUAUUACAUAUUCAAGAAUUAUGGCAGAGUAUGACUUUCAGGGAUUGGCACAGCAUCAAGCAGCAGCUAUGUCAUCAGGUGGAAAUUCCUCAUCUGGUAUUCAUCCUUCAAUGGCUCAGCUAUCAAUGUUACCAGCAGGACUCAAUUUAACAAUGAAUGCUGCAAGUCAAUUGGCAGGACUACAAGGCUCACCUUUUGUAAACAAUAGUACUCCUCGUCAUUUUCCUCAUGGAGCACCUCUAAUGGCAUCUUAUCCAGCUGGCAGAAGUGGUGGUGGAAAGAUGAAAAAGAAGCCAAAGAUGAAUAAAGAUGGCAUGUUAGCACCGAAGCGUGCUACCACUGCUUACAUAAAUUUCACUCAGUGGUAUAGAGAAGAGAUGAAGAAAUCUGGAAGACAAUUACCUCGGAUUGGAGACUUUGGCAAAGAAUGUGCUGCCAAAUGGAAUUCUAUGUCAGAGGAAGAAAAACAACCUUUCCUUGAUGCUUCAAAUAAAGACAGAGAACGUUACAGAAGAGAGAUGGCAAUUUACAAGCCUGCUCGAGAUGCCAACAAACCAAAGAGACCAGGAACAGCAUUCAUGUUAUUUAUGAAAGAUAUUCGAAAAGAAAUGGCUGGGAAAGAACCUGAAGGAGGUGUAGCAGCUCUGGCAAAGUUAGGAGGUGAACGUUGGAGAAACAUGACUGAGGAAGAAAAGCGGCCAUAUGUUGAAAUGCAAAAUGAAGCCAAAGUAGCAUAUGAACAAUUAAUGGAAGAGUAUCGUAGACAGCAAAGUGCAACGGAUCAACAGGUAGCCAAACAGCCUAGUAUGAUGAUGAUGCAGUCAGAGGAAGAGAAUGACUCGGAGAGUAAGGAUAUUGCACAAUCUCCAUCUGGAAAUUCUGCUUCAGCCUCGCCACCUGCUGCUCACUCUGACAGCCCAGUCCCAUCAGGGUCAUCUCCUAACAUUCCCUCUGGCCUUUCACCAAUGUCUUUGGCUCAGAUGACCCCAGCUCACACUGGGGGUCUCCAAAUGGCAUAUGGUCAGCCAUCAGUGGCUGCUCUUCCCAACUUUUCUCAAUUGGGUAACAUCCUGAACACCCCAAUCAACUAUACUCAGGCUCAUGCUGCCAACAACUCUCCAUACAUGGGUAAUAGUAACAACAGCUACAACCAAUCACCACAAUCUGGUCAGUACAGCUGGUCAUGAGCAAUUUUGGGUGGCAAUUUCAGGCUUAGAGUUCUUUACCGUGACUAGGAACUGAGUUCAUUCUAGCUUCUUUAGUGCAUGUGAAAUGUUAUCCAACUGCAGUGGUAUAAGGCAAAUAUUUAUAUUUUUGUUUUUAUAUCUGUGACAGUCUGGGCUGAUUUGUGCACUUUUGUGUACUGUAGAUAUGGAUUGUCUCUCUUCAUUACAUAUAGGUGGUUUAAGAUUCACAUGGUACAAAAACUUUUAAGUCUAAUUACCUAAUCCUCAAAAUGCAGAGAGCUUUGUUUAGUAGUAUCAUUUACUCAAAACAAUUCUGUAAUAUGGCCCAGACCAUUUUAAGCUAGUUUAAGUUAUCAGGGGUAUUCUGACAAUCUACAAUAAAACAGUGCUUAUAAUUGUUUUUAAAUUAUGUUAUUAUUAGUGAUUUUUGAAUACAAAUUGCAGUUGUUUAUAUUUGAAUGAACAUGCUCCAGUAUUUGUAAUUAUAAUUUGUUAAUUUUUUAGCCAGGAAAGAACUGGUCACAACUGCACUUUUAGAUCACUAUGUGUAUUCAUUUUCAUCUUAUGGUUAUUUAGUGCAUUACAGACAUGUUUUUAUGUGUACAAUUAAAAAUACAUUGCUUAUACCACAAAUAUUGUGAGGCUGGCCAGUUUGACUGCUUUUGCCUAAACUUUACUUGUGUGUGUUUAUAUAUAUAUAUAUACAUACAAACACACACACACACUAUUUUUCAUAUAGCGAACAAGGGAAAAUCCCAUAGUUUUAAUUGACUGUAGAUUUACAGUCAUUAUACUAAUGCAUAAUUUUACUUUCAUAAUUCAUAUAUUUUACAUAAUUAUCUUUCAGUACAAUAUUUUUAUCAUUUUAUAUUAACAAGACUAUCUGCAAACGUAAUGGUUUACCACCUGUCAAAUUUCCCAACAGGCCUUUUGCAUAAAUGCCACACUACUAUUAUUAUUUACCCUAACAUUUUUAAAGUAUUCAAUCCAGCUUAUUAGCUUUGCUCUUCUAUCAUUUUUGUGAAUUAUCAUAAAAACUGUAGUAUUAAUUAGUAUAUUAUUUAUUUAAACAUAUUUUAAGUUUUUAUAUUCAAUUAUUAUUGCUGUAUUGACAUAGUAAGGUGAAAAUGAUUUUAAAAUAAUAAUUGUACUUGGGUUGUUGGUAAAUUUUGGAGGAAAAAUGUUUUGUAAUACCAAUCAUACAUUAGUAAAACACUCAUUUUUUUAAUAAUUCAUAAAUUUAUAUAAUAUAA